CGGCUUCGCCCUCUGCUACGGAACGAAUUGAAUUUGGCUGGCCAUUUUCAAUAAAUAGAUCGACGAGAAAACAAGAACAAAAUUAUUGCAAUCAAUAAUUGUCUGCAAACAAACAAGAAUCGCAAGUUCAAUACAAGAAAACCGAAAUAUUCUUGUUGCAAAAUUGCCUACAAAUAAAUUAUAUCUAUCUACCUGAGAGUCUUGAACAGCAGUAGCAGCAGAACAUAAGCCUAAAGAGGAAGUGGCAAGAAUUUACACUGAUAAAAAGCAAGAGCACAUAUAGAAAGUGCUUUGGUCAUUUGUCGUCUGUCGUUGAAGUCUGCCACGCUACCAAACCCCCAUCGAGCAGAAUUCAAUUUAAAAGAUUUUCUAGAAUUUCCCAAACGUAAACAUAAGAAUUUUAAUGUUUGGUAAAUUUGUGAGUGCAAAAACUAUUUGUUGACAAGAUGGUGGUGUCAUUACCCGAAAUACUUAGCCUGGGAGGUGAAAAAAAGUUGACAGCCUGUUUGCUUUUGUUGCUGUUGGAAUUAUUUUUAGAAGGUGCUGAAGCUGUUCCAAAUUCAGCCGAUAUUGAAAAUCAUUUGGAAUUGGGUAAGCAGUUUUUGGCCCACAAUCAGCUAAGUGAUGCAUUGACACAUUACCACGCCGCAGUUGAGGGCGAUCCCAACAACUAUUUGACUUUGUUCAAACGCGGCACAGUCUAUUUGGCCAUGGGUAAAACGCGUUUUGCCAUUCAAGAUUUUAGCCGGGUCUUGGAAUUGAAACCAGACUUCACAGCGGCCCGUUAUCAACGUGGCACAGUUUACAUGAAAAGCGGCGAAUAUCAGCAAGCCGCUGCUGAUUUUGAGCAGGUGCUCUAUGAAGAACCACACAAUGAACAUGCCCACGAGCAAUAUUCCCGCAUUGAACCCGCUGAAGAACAAUGGGUGAUUGUACAAGAUUUGAUGGCACGCGGUGAUUACAGAAAUGCCAUACCAAUGUUGACACAACUCUUGGAAAUUUCUCCAUGGUGUGUUGCCUUCCGCCAAACCAGAGCUGAUGCCUAUAUUGAAUUAAAUGAUCUCUUAGCUGCCAUUUCGGAUUUACGGUCGGUGAAUAAACUUUCACAGGACAGCACAGAGGGUUACUAUCACCUGGCCUUGCUGUUGUAUAAAAUCGGUCAUGCCACCAGUGCCCUUAAGGAAAUACGUGAAUGUUUGAAAUUCGAUCCAGAACACAAAGACUGCUUCCCAUUCUACAAGAAACUGCGAAAGGUGGAAAAAGGUAUUUCCAAUGCCGAACAAUAUCGUGAUGAGAAACAAUAUCAAGAUUGUAUCCAGUCAGCGGAAUCGGUGUUGAAACAUGAAAAGGAGGAACAAAUGAUAAUCUAUGAAGCCAAACGGAUAUUGUGUACAUGUUCGGUGCGCAAUGAAGAUCAUGGCAAGGCAUUGGGCUAUUGCAAAGAUGCCUUGGACAUUAUGAAAGAUGCUCAAAUUCUCUGUGAUCGCGCCGAGGCAUAUAUUGGCUCGGAAAUGUAUGAUGAUGCCAUACACGACUACCAAGAGGCAUUGGGUAUGGACGAACAUCUGCAGCGAGCCAAAGAUGGCAUUGAAAAAGCCAAAAGACUGCAAAAACAAGCUGAACGUAGAGACUAUUAUAAGAUAUUAGGUGUUAAGCGUGAUGCCACAAAACAGGAAAUUGUCAAAGCCUAUCGUAAGGCGGCGCAAAAAUGGCAUCCCGAUAAUUUCCAGGGUGAUGAAAAGAAAAAGGCUGAAAAGAAAUUCAUUGAUGUGGCAGCUGCCAAGGAGGUGCUCACAGAUCCCGAAAAGCGAAGACAAUUCGAUCAGGGCAUUGAUCCCUUGGAUCCUGAGGGUCAACAGGGUGGCCAUGGUGGUUUCCAUGGUGGCUCACCGUUUGCCCACUUCCAUCACGGGUCACCGUUCCAGUUUAAGUUCCAUUUUAAUUAACACACCACAAAGUCCAUUUAAAAAAACAAAAAACACACACCCACACAAAUGGCAUCCUAAGCUUAAUCCAUUAGUCAAGUUUAUCUUUUUUUUUUGUUAUAUAAGUUUUAGUCAUAGUUAAGAAACUGCUAGCCUCUAUUCCCUGUCCCCCACACUUCCCUUUGAACACCACAACCUCUGCUUUCCUAUAAAAACCAAAAACAACAAACAAAUGGUCAUUUUUUCAAAGCAUUUAUUGUGAAUAUUUUCUUUUCUUGCUAUCUGCCGAUUUAAAACAAUUGUGAUUGAGUGAUAUCGUUUCUUUCCCAGACGCAGUGAUGUAGUUUUGAACAAAUUUGCCAUCAUCAUAUCAGUUUUGUUUUUUCUUCUUCUCUAAGCUUUUCUCUUAUUUUCCUACCUUUUGUUAGUGUAAAUAGUUAAUAAACUAGGCUAUAUAAU